AUGACCAAAAACGUGGCAAUUAUCGGCGAAGGCGUGAUCGGCUGUUCCACCGCUCUGCAAUUGGCUCAAAAACUUCCAAACCUCAAGAUUACUGUACUUUUUGAUCGUCCAUUCGAGAAGACUUGCAGUUUCGGCCCGGCCGGCCUCUUUCGGAUUGAUGACGUGGCAAAUCGGUCGGUUAUUGUUCGCUGCAACACAAAUUUCCGAUAUUGUAGAAUUCCAGAGAGUAUGGCAAAGCAACGUUCGCCUGGUUCGCCCAUCUUCACAGGAAUGCGAAGGGAGACGAGACGGGCGUCAAACUAUUAUCCGGACACAUCCAAUCGGAGUCUCGUGAAACAUUGGAACAGCAGCAGAACGCCUACGCAGACUUUGUCUACAAUUUUCGGUGGUUGGACCAUCGAGAAAUCACGGAUCUUUUCCCAAAUCCGUCAAAGUUCGUUUGUACCGCACAAGUUUUUAUAUACAUACAUACUCUCCUGAUUCAGGUAUUGCAUUCACUACACGGCGUUCGCGUCGGAAGGGAACAAGUACGUGCCGUACCUGAGAUCGUUGGCCGAAUCGAAGGGUGUGGUGUUCAGAGAGCAACGUGUACGGCGCCUCGAGGAGGUUUGUGGAGUUUGUGAUCAAAGUUGCAACAAAAACGCAUUUUUGCAGCUGGCUAAUGAGGGUUAUGACGUGAUUGUGAACUGUGCCGGUCUAGACGGAGCCAAAUUGGCCGCCGACGAUGAUACCGUAUACCCGAUCCGUGGCGUCGUUCUGGAUGUGGAUGCACACUGGCACAAACACUUUAACUAUCGCGAUUUCCACACGUUCACCAUUCCAAAGUGAGCACGUUGGGUCCGAAAACUGGGGUUACUGUAGUUCUCGACAAGACCAGGACGAAGGCAGAACAGAACAAUUUCAGAGAGAACAGUGUUGUGAUCGGUUCGGUAAAACAGAAAAAUCGAUGGGAUCUGGCGAUUACCGACGAGGAUCGGAAGGACAUUUUGGACAGAUACGUGGCACUUCAUCCCGCAAUGAGGGUACUUUUGCCAACUUUGACUAAUACUCUUUGUAUUAUGAAUUUAAGGAACCGAAAAUCAUUGGCGAAUGGUCUGGAUUGCGGCCGGGCCGGAAGAGCGUUCGAAUCGAAAAAAUCGAGAGGAAAUCGGAAAAAACUGGUCGAAUUUACACGGUAGGGGCAUUUUUUUCGGUUUACAGCUCAUCGAGAGUUUUCAUGGCUAGGUUUUGUGAGUUUUGGGUCUUGCCACGAAAAAGAGGAUUACUGUAGUGGUCGUGGUGAGACCCAAAGUUAUUAAAACCUUGGCAUGAUUAUACUCAUUCGAAAGCUCUUGACGAGCUGAAGAUGAUUAUGAUAUUCAGUUCUAAAAAAUUGCAGAUCGUUCAUCAUUACGGUCACGGCGGAAACGGUUUCACUCUGGGCUGGGGCACCGCCGCGGAAGCCGUCAAAUUGGUCGAAUCCGUUGUGCCACCGUCCAAACUUUGA